UCCGGUGGGAAGCAAAAGGGGCGCAGACUAAAGACCUGGAUUCACAAACGGAACAUGGAUAUAGCGUUGAUCCCGGAGACAAAACUAUCAGAGGACAAACAGGGGAGGUUAGCAGAUUGGUGGAUAGGACCACAGCUCUGGUCUCCUGCCCGGGGCAGCAAAGGAGGCUUGGCAGUCCUGAUUCACCAGCGGCUAGAAAUGGAGGGUCAACUAGGCAAUUGUGCUGACAACGCUGAGGGCAAUGAACUUUGGAGAAGCCUUUUGCAGCUGGGUCAAAGCUCUGCACUUCUUUGCAACGGCAGUGGUGCAGGUGAACGCCCAUCAGUUCAAGCUUUCAAGAUCCCUGAGACACCGCUGCUGGAGGGCUUGAAGCUACGCUCAGGGAGAAAAAGCCGGAUGAAGGCAUUUGCCGACGACCUGCUGGCCACCUCAGCAAACACACAGAUAUCCUUGGAAGCCUUGAGGAAUUGUCGGUCCAGAUAUGCCGAACUCUCUGAAGCCGCUGUGAACUGGAGUAAAUCAGUGUACUUCCUGCCUAAAGAAUUCGAACUGCAUGUGGAGUGGGGCAUGUGGAGGGUGCCUGAUGGAAUGGCAGAAUGCUAUCUUGGUGUCCAAGUGGCACUAGAAGAAAUGGCAGAACGCUAUCUUGGUGUCCAAGUAGCGCUAGAAGACUAUGUUCGGAAGCCCAAAAUGCCAUCCUGCAAGAACGAGAUUUUGGCUCUGGUGGUCUCACCAUUCUCAAUUCUGUGGUUUAUGGUGAGGAUCAGAAAGCUAAGUAAAGGCCUGGUAGAAGGAGUGAGAUCGACUGCACGGCGCUUCAAUUGGAAACCUGGUUCGACGAAGGAGAGUGGCUAUAUUGCCAAGGUCUCGUGGGAUACCCUGUGCACCGCUCGCCGGGAUGGAGGACUGGCAUUGCUUGACCCUGAGUCCCAAAAUCUUACGCUGCUCUCAAAAUGGUUGGUCAGGGUGACCACGAUGGACCGGCAAGCUGACUGGUGCUUCCUGGAAGAAGAAAUCCUCUGCGAACAAAGGGGUCUGUCGAGGGCCUCUGACGUGUGGGUAGCCGUUAUGAUCCAGGCAUUCCUCAACAAGAGAAUCAGAUCGAAGUUCCAGAGGGACAUCUUAGCAGCAUGGCAGAAAUGCCGACCGAAUCUGGUAGCAGCCCCAAACACCCGGGCGGAGGUUCUCAGCCAACACCUCUUCGAGAAUCCAAAGUUAACCAAUUCAACAGGUGGUGUUCCUUUUGCAGCUGACAGGAAGCCUGGCUCCUACGGGAUGAAGUGGAUUCAGAGGGGAAUCUGCAGGGUAGGAGACUUGUGGAAUUCUACCCUGGGACGGCGGAAGUCGCCAGCAGAGAUCAAAGUUAAGCUGGUACAACUACCAAUGCAAGAGGAACGCAUUCAGGAUUUGAUAGCAGCUAUUCCAGAAGACUGGUCAGCUAUGCUAGGUCCCGAAUGCAUCCCAACUCGGGACACUCGGUUUCGUCAGGCAGGAGAGGAAGGUGUUUUCCUGAAACUGGAGAGCUGGGACGAAGACACUCCAGGGAAAGCCCAUUUCCUGGAGUUCAGAAGCAAGCAUGAGGGACUUCCGGAAAUCUCACAGACCGGCAAUGUUACAUGAUAUGGCACGGCGGGACUACAGGAAAUGAAAGUGGAAACAAUAA